GCUUCCGGUGACGCGUGGUUUCCGGAGCGGAUCGGAACCUGGAGUCCGGAUUCGAUCCGGGUCGGAACAUUCCAAAAGCAGGUUUCAGAAAUGGCAGAGGAUGGCAGUGAUGAGACCAUGUUUAUUUGGUGCGAGGAUUGUGGUCAGUACCAUGAUUCGGAGUGUCCUGAGCUGGGCCCAGUAGUGACAGUCAAAGACUCCUUUGUGUUGAGCAGGGCAAGGUCAUCCCUUCCUUCCAAUCUGGAGAUCAGACAACUAGAAGAUGGGACUGAAGGAGUAUUUGCAGUGAUGCAGCUUGUCAAACGUACCCAGUUUGGUCCAUUUGAAUCCAAGAGAGUUGCCAAACUGGAAAAGGAGUCAGCAUUUCCACUGAAGGUUUUCCAGAAGGACGGGCCCCUGGUUUAUUUUGAUACCUCUAACGAAGAUGACUGCAAUUGGAUGAUGAUGGUGAGAGCAGCCACUGAAUAUGAACAUCAAAACCUGACUGCCUUCCAGCAUGACAAUGAUAUUUACUUCACCACCUCCCGGGACAUCCCACCAGGAACUGAGCUGCGAGUGUGGUAUGCAGCUUUUUACGCCAAAAAGAUGGAAAAGCCAGUGCUGAAGCAGGUCACUAGUAUUGCCAAUGUGAGCGCUCCAGAGAGUAGUGGGCCCCUUGAAGCGGAGUCCAGUCAGUGGACGUGUAAAGUGUGUUCAUCUGUUUUCCCGGAACCUCAGCUACUGACAGAACAUCUGUUGAGUCACCUGGAACAAGCCAAAGGAGUCCCCCAGACAAGCCAAAAUGAUGCAACUCCAGAGAAGCCUGCAGAGGCUCCCAUUGCUGAUCAGCCUGUAACUGGCGAAGGUGCUGGUGCCAAUGUAGACUCCAGGAGGACUCCACGAAGGGGAAGAAAGCCCAAAGCAGCAAAAGCAGAAACACCUCUUGUCAUCGCUGAAGAUAAAGACCCAGCAGUGGAUCGAGUAGCUGAAAUUAUAACAGAGAUCCCCCCUGAUGAGGCAGCCCUUCCCUCUGCAGCGGAAGAGAGGAUUAUGGAACUGGUUUUAGGAAAGCUGCCAAGCACCACAAACAACAUCAGUUCAGUAACAAAUAGGUUUGCUCAUCACCAAAACACAAUGUCCCUCAAAAGAAGUUUAAUUCUCUCCAGUAGACAUGGAAUACGUCGAAAGCUGAUAAAGCAACUUGGGGAACACAAACGGGUAUAUCAGUGCAACAUCUGCAGUAAGAUCUUCCAGAACAGCAGCAACCUCAGCAGGCACAUCCGGUCUCAUGGUGACAAACUGUUUAAAUGUGAGGAAUGUGCAAAGCUCUUCAGCCGUAAAGAGAGCUUGAAGCAGCAUGUUUCAUAUAAACACAGCAGGAAUGAGGUCGACAGUGACUACAGGUACAAGUGUGCUACAUGUGAAAAGGCCUUUCGGAUAGAAAGUGCAUUGGAAUUCCACAAUUGCAGAACAGAUGACAAGACAUUCCAGUGUGAGAUGUGUUUCAGGUUCUUUUCCACGAAUAGUAACCUCUCAAAACACAAAAAGAAACAUGGGGAUAAGAAAUUUGCAUGUGAAAUCUGCAAUAAAAUGUUCUACCGGAAGGACGUCAUGUUGGAUCAUCAAAGGAGACACUUGGAAGGGGUGAGGCGUGUGAAAAGAGAAGACUUUGAGCACAGCACGGAGAACAUGGUGCGCUACAAGAAGGAACCCUCGGGAUGCCCUGUGUGUGGGAAGGUAUUUUCAUGCAGAAGCAAUAUGAACAAACACCUCCUGACACACGGAGACAAGAAAUACACCUGUGAAAUCUGUGGACGUAAAUUUUUCAGAGUGGAUGUUCUUAGAGAUCAUAUUCACGUCCAUUUUAAGGACAUUGCACUAAUGGAUGACCACCAGAGGGAAGAAUUCAUUGGUAAAAUUGGAAUCUCAUCAGAGGAAAACGAUGACAACUCUGAUGAAAGUGCAGAUUCUGAGCCUCACAAGUAUAGCUGCAAAAGGUGCCAGUUAACCUUUGGCAGAGGGAAGGAGUACCUAAAACACAUAAUGGAGGUUCACAAGGAGAAAGGCUAUGGCUGUAGCAUCUGUAAUCGACGAUUCGCCUUGAAGGCAACUUACCAUGCUCACAUGGUCAUUCACCGGGAGAAUCUGCCUGAUCCAAAUGUGCAGAAAUAUAUCCACCCAUGUGAUAUUUGUGGAAGGAUUUUUAACAGCAUCGGGAAUUUGGAACGACAUAAGCUUAUACACACAGGUGUAAAAAGUCAUGCGUGUGAGCAGUGUGGAAAGUCAUUUGCCAGAAAGGACAUGUUAAAAGAGCACAUGAGAGUCCACGAUAACAUCCGAGAAUACCUGUGUGCGGAAUGUGGUAAAGGAAUGAAGACAAAACAUGCUCUGCGUCACCACAUGAAACUCCACAAAGGGAUCAAGGAAUAUGAAUGCAAGGAAUGCCAUCGUAAAUUCGCACAGAAGGUCAACAUGCUGAAGCACUACAAAAGGCACACAGGGAUCAAAGAUUUUAUGUGUGAGCUCUGUGGGAAGACAUUUAGUGAGAGAAACACAAUGGAGACCCAUAAACUGAUUCAUACAGUGGGGAAACAGUGGACGUGUUCAGUCUGUGAUAAAAAGUACGUCACCGAUUACAUGCUUCAGAAGCACAUCCAGCUAACUCACGAUAAGGUAGAAGCUCAGAGUUGUCAGCUCUGUGGAACAAAAGUUUCUACCAGAGCUUCAAUGAGUCGACACAUGAGGCGCAAACAUCCAGAGGUUCUUUCAGUUAGAAUUGAUGAUUUAGAGCAGCUCCCAGAAGCUACCACCAUUGAUGCCUCCUCUAUUGGGAUUGUUCAGCCUGAGUUAACCCUGGAACAGGGAGAGUUACCCGAAGGCAAGCAUAUGAAAACUAAACGUGGCCAUAAGCGAAAGCAGAAGCCGGGUGAAGAGGAGGAAGUACAAGUGCCUGAGGAUCCUGCCUUCAGUGAAUACACAGAGAAAGAAGCUGAAUUCACAGGGAAUGUGGGAGAUGAAACCAAUUCAGCUGUACAGAGUAUUCAGCAGGUGGUGGUGACCCUUGGCGACCCAAACGUCACGGCCCCUUCUAGUUCUGUUGGGUUGACAAAUAUUACCGUCACCCCGAUUACCACGGCAGCUGGAACCCAAUUUACAAACCUCCAGCCAGUGGCUGUGGGCCACCUCACUGCUCCUGAACGCCAGUUACAACUCGACAAUUCAAUCCUUACUGUGACGUUUGAUACUGUCAGUGGUUCUGCCAUGCUGCACAAUCGCCAAAACGAUAUUCAGAUACAGCCACAGCCAGAGGCAGCCAAUCCUCAGUCUGUGGCCCAUUUUAUAAACCUGACAACCCUGGUGAACUCCAUUGCUCCUCUAGGGAACCAGAUCACAGAGCAACAUCCAUUGACAUGGAGGGCAGUGCCUCAGACUGAUGUCCUGCCGCCCCAGUCGCAGCAAACACAACAGCAGUCAGGACAGCAGCAAGUUCAAACAGAGCAGCAACAGCAGAUGUACAGCUACUGAUUUAUACUUGAAAAGUCUUGAAAUGGACUGGACUAUGAGACAAUUUUUAAAAAAAAGUGGAAAACUAUAAGUGAAUUGUUUGCUGGAUACCAAACAGAGAUGGAAAAAUGUUUAUACAAUGAAAUGUAAACUAAAAUUGGCAUAGCACCCUGCAA